GGCGAAUUCGGAAGUGGUGGAAACCCUACUUAAUGAGCGGGCCGGCCCUGGCAGUUAUGCAUGGACAGUCCCAGAACUAGACAGAGGAUGGCUCUUUAGGGACUAUGGGAUGUUUAGCAGUAGACACUUGAGUUAGGGCCUUAUCACUGAGUCCAUUUAUAAGGUCUGCUUCCGAUUUUCUACCCUUCUCCAGAAGUGUGCACUCGUUCCAAACUUGUAGUGCAGUGGCUCGCUGCUAUACAGCUGCAACGGCGCCAUCUAAUGGAGAAGUAGCAACUACACAGCUUGGCAGUGCACCACACGACGUGGACUGUCUCAACGAUCUUAUUGGCCAGAAUCAGCACGCAUUUUUUAGGCUUCCUCUGAUUGGCUGCUCACAUGUAACACGUGUUGUACAGGGGUUUUGUAACUCUCUUUACGAUUGAUUACAAAACAAAUUGUCAAUAUUUUCUACCAGUGCAGGCAAGACCUUGUGAAGGUAGGUAACCAAACCGGCAUGGCUCAUACCUGCAUUCACUGGUUCCGCAAGGGGCUCCGACUGCACGACAAUCCAGCACUGGUGGCUGCAUUGCGGGACUGCAAGGAGAUCUACCCUGUGUUUGUCCUGGACCCCUAUGUCCCCAACAACGUCAACAUUGGCAUCAACCGAUGGAGGUUCCUCAUAAGAGCCCUUAAAGACUUGGAUUGCAGCCUGAGGAAGCUCAAUUCUAGGCUGUUUGUGGUGAGAGGUAAGCCAGAGGAGGUCUUUCCUAAGCUGUUCCAGAAGUGGAAGGUGACGAGGUUGACGUAUGAGUAUGACACAGAGCCCUUCAGCCUCCGCCGGGACAAGGAGGUGGUCCGGUUAGCCGAAGAGCACGGAGUAGAAAUCAUCUACAAAGUCUCCCACACCCUCUACAACAUAGACAGGAUAAUUGAAGAGAACAACGGGAAGGCUCCUCUGACCUACAAUCGUCUGCAGACCCUUGUCAAUAGUAUCGGUCCUCCCAAAAGGCCUAUCCCUGCUCCAACCAGUGAGGACAUGAAGGAUGUAACGACUCGGUGCUCAGAGAAACAUGAGGAGAACUAUGGCAUCCCCAUGUUAGAGAAGUUGGAUCAGGAUCCUGAGGAGCUGUUCCCUGGUGGAGAGCAAGAGGCUCUGCGGAGACUGGACCAACACAUGGAGAGAAAGGAAUGGGUGUGUGGCUUUGAGAAACCCCAGACGUCCCCCAACUCCCUGAGCCCCAGCACCACCGUCCUCAGCCCUUAUAUGACAUUUGGCUGCCUGUCGGCACGCACCUUCUGGUGGAGACUGACCGACGUCUACCAAGGGAAGAAGCACUCCCAGCCUCCCGUCUCGCUGCAUGGCCAGCUACUGUGGAGAGAGUUCUUCUACACAGCCGGCCUGGGCAUCCCCAACUUUGACAAGAUGGAGGGAAACCCUGUGUGUACACAGGUGGACUGGGACAGCAACCCUGAGUAUCUGGCUGCAUGGGCAGAGGCCAGGACUGGUUUCCCCUUCAUCGAUGCCAUCAUGACCCAGCUGAGGCAGGAGGGCUGGAUCCACCACCUGGCCCGGCACGCCGUGGCCUGCUUCCUGACCAGAGGAGACCUGUGGAUCAGCUGGGAGGAGGGCCAGAAGGUAUUUGAGGAACUGUUAUUGGAUGGAGACUGGUCCCUGAAUGCUGGGAACUGGCAGUGGCUCUCUGCUAGUACUUUCUUUCACCAGUUCUUCAGGGUCUACUCGCCCAUCGCCUUUGGCAAGAAAACAGACAAAAACGGAGACUACAUCAAGAAUUACCUGCCCCUCUUGAAGAAGUACCCAGCACAGUACAUCUAUGAGCCGUGGAAGGCUCCACGCAGCGUCCAGGAGGCAGCAGGGUGCAUCGUGGGUAAGGACUACCCGCGGCCCAUAGUGGCGCACGAGGUAAUCAGCAAGAAGAACAUCCAGAGGAUGAAGGCGGCCUACGCCAAGAGAUCCCCACAUUCCAGCGAGGAGUCACCCGGCAAGGAGAAAGGUAGAAAACGCAAAGCGCCAUCUGUUGUGGACAUGCUGAUAAAGAAGAAGAAAUGAUAAAAAUUAAUGAUAUUGUUUUAUGGAGAAAAGUGUGAAUCUACUCCUAUUAGAGCUUGUGUGGGUUUAAAUGUCACUUUUUUUACAUUAUGACUUUCAAUGUAUGGGAAUUGGAGGGCUUUUUCAGGUAUGUGCUGAAAAUAAAAACGCUUUGGCUAAACAUAA